GGGAGCGUUUUUGAUGAAGGACCAGCAUGGCGGAUCCAAAACCAAAACAAUCGUAAGACACCCGUCAAAAUAUUUGUUUUAGGUUUAAUUUCUUUUUGUGACCACUGUCUUUGGACCCGUAUCGCUAGCACUUUCCUACUUUAUUUAACAUACACCCGAUUGAAUUGGGGUUUUCUGGGGGAUAUUUGUAGGCCAAAUGAAAAUAAAAAUGUGGGGCGAAAUAUUAGAGCCCCGAAAACCUAAAGAGAAAAAAGAGAAAACGCGUUUAGAUAUCCACGAAACACCGGUAGAACAACCAGACACGCCUAAAGAAGCUAUAAAAGUGUUCCCUACGAGUAAACCAAGCUCCAGCUGCGCAGACUCUGGACAUCAGCUGCAGCAUGAGAAUCUGUGCGUAAAAGCCAUGGUGGAGGUUAUAGCCCAAAGUGGAAGCCAUGUGAAGAGCCAACAGAUAGGAGAGGCUGAGCUGACCCUGGAUCAGCGCAGAGAAGAGCUGCUGCAACAGUACAAGAGCCGACCACUCGUGUUUUUAGAGAAGUACCAUAAUAAUUUGAAACCCGAGCAUCUGGCGGCCUUUGCCCAUGUCAGCUCAGACCCAAGAACACAACACUACAGUAAAGUCAUAGAGAGGCGAGCGACAGGAUGCACCAACAAAACAAGGGUCAAAAACCACCGCUAUGCCGCCCUCCGAUCCUUGCAGAAAGCGGGUGGCUAUUUUAGUGACGAGCAGAUGCGGAGAAGGGAACCACUCCUUUAUGAACAGUACAUUGGCCAGUACCUAACUGAUGAGGAGGUGCUGGAACGCUCACAAGAGGUCAUGCAGGAAGGUGCGUCAGAAGGAUCAGGGGGGCUCGCUCACCUCCUCCUCGACUCUUACCAAGAGCGUCUGCUACAGAACAGACUGCAGGAGGAGCAGGAGAGAGAGGAUGGAGCACAGGAGGAGGAGGAGGAGGAGGAAGAAGAUGAUGAUGAUAUACAAGGUCAGGAGAAGGAGUGGGAGCCCAGUGCAGAGGAGAAGGCUCAGCUUCGAGAGGAGUUCAUCAGUCAAAUGCACCAGCGCUUCUUGGACGGCAAAGACAAAGACUUUGACUACAGUGAGGUGGACGAAAACCCAGACUAUGACAAUUUGGACAUUGUCAGUAGAGACGCAGAGGAAAAGUAUUUUGAUGAAGAUGAUGAAGAGGAAGAUGAUGAAAACAUGAUUGAAUAAAGCUGGAGAACUUGAGAAAAUUUUAA